AUGGACACCGUGGUGAUGGAUCACGAUCAAACCAUUAGCCCAAACGAGGCUCAGUUUCCCCAUAGCAUUCCAGAAGACAACAUGGGUGGCCUCGAAGACUCACCCCAGAUAACACCCGACCAGAACGGCUUCCCAGAUCGCCAUUAUCAACAAAACUUUGACCAGAACCUCAACAGCUCACCACGCUCACCACGCUCAUAUUCGCAACACGACAACUUCGACACAGAACGAUAUGCCACACCACCAGCAAACCAGGCUUCGAUAUCACGACCGCCCUCGGGUCUCGGAGGCCAGAACCCAUCCCAGCCCGCAGAACACAGCUCUAGGACAGCCGCCGGUGCGAGUUCGAGCGAGCAGGCCAACGGGCGCAAUCAUGUCGUGAUCAAGGUCGGCAUGGUCGGCGAUGCACAGAUUGGAAAGACAAGUUUGAUGGUCAAGUACGUCGAAGGCAGCUGGGACGAAGACUACAUCCAGACUCUGGGCGUCAACUUCAUGGAAAAGACCAUCAGCAUCCGCAAUACCGAGAUCACCUUCAGCAUCUGGGAUCUUGGCGGCCAACGCGAGUUCGUCAAUAUGUUGCCGCUCGUGUGUAACGAUGCCGUGGCCAUCCUGUUCAUGUUCGACCUGACCCGCAAGAGCACGUUGAACAGCAUCAAGGAGUGGUAUCGCCAGGGGCGAGGAUUCAACAAGACGGCCAUUCCCGUCCUCGUAGGCACAAAGUACGAUCACUUUGUGAACCUGUCGCGGGAGGAGCAGGAGGAAAUCUCCAACCAGGCUCGACGAUUCGCCAAGGCUAUGCGUGCGGCACUGAUCUUUAGCAGCACGAGUCACAGCAUCAAUGUCCAAAAGAUCUUCAAGAUCGUACUAUCCAAAGCUUUCGACCUAAAAUGCACCAUUCCCGAAAUUAGCAAUGUUGGUGAACCACUUCUCCUGUAUCAGUCUGUAUAG